UUGGGUAAUGACAGAAGGGCAACACUGUAUUGAUUCUACUGCCUGUGGCCCAGGUACAUCAGACAGGGAGACGCGCAGACUGUGAGUGGAUGCAGUGAUGGAGAGUAUAAACUAUGACAGAUUCAGCUCAUCAGAUACAGAAAAUCUCCAUCACAACCCAAAACUGGUUCCUCUAAAAGGCAGACAGAAUAGAGUGGCAUAUGUCCUGUAUGGCCUUUUGAUCCUUCUCUUACUAAUCCUAGUGAUGGUCACUGGAAUUAAAUUUUCUCAGCUGAGCCAAGGUAUUGAAGAAAUCAAGAUUUACCUAACAGCAGCGAGCUCUCAUAGCUCUCCGUUCCCAGCUAAGUCUCCACAGCAUGGUGAAGUAGAUUUGGGCCCACAAUUUGUGGAGGUGCAAGGGGAUUGUCACAGUGACUGGUUGUACUUUGAAAAGCACUGCUACUACUUGUCGACUGAGAAAACCAACUGGCACAGUGCAGAGCAGAGAUGCAUUGAGCAACAGGGACACCUGUUUGUCCCCAACUCUAUGAUGGAGAUGGAGUACAUGUCGAUGGUUGCAGUGGAAAAACACAUGUACUGGAUUGGACUGGUAGAAUAUGGGCAUGAAGGCAACUGGACCUUAGUUGAUGGGACAGACUUUAAAUCUACGCCAAAAUUUUGGGAUCAUGGGCAACCGGACGAUUGGCAUGUGCGUGUGAACGGAGAGGACUGUGGCCAGCUCCAUCCAGACAUACAAAUUGGCUUAAGAAGAUGGAAUGACGCUGAUUGCACCCUGAAUUACUAUUACAUAUGUGAGGCUAAUGUCUAAAGGAUAAUUAUGUCCAGCAUAUCUGCAGUCACAUAUGCAUCACCUCCUAAAAUAUAUUCCAGUAGAAAUGUUUUGAUGAUUUUGUUUUUGUUAAAAAACAAAUUAAUGUAGCCUAAGUUACACAAUUUGCAUUCAAUGCAACAGAUACAAAUGAAGAAAUAGUUUGCUGGUGUGUUUCAAAAUGUUCUUGUAUAUAAAUUGGGUAUAUGGAAAUCAUACUUAUUUUAAGAGACAUAAAGACGGAGACUGUUUCCACUUUAUACUGACUAACUUUAUAGGUUUUGCACCAAAGUUUGUAUUUAACUGGUGUUAAACUAUUAAAACUUUAAAAUGUAUUGACAA